AUGGAAGCCGAAGAAGCUGAAACUUUCUCUUCCAUCUCUAAAGAUCAUGACACCCAACAAGUUCUUAAAGUCCUUGAAGCUCUCAAACAAGCUUCACACGACUUACAGAAAAACCCGGAUUCCAAGAAGACGGAUGGUGGCGUAUGCUUUGGCUGUUCGCCCCCCAUUAAAGCUCUUCUCGAGCUCGAAAACGAAUCAGAAUCCAUCCUAUCAAACGACCCUCACCUAACCACGUUGUCUACUCACCUAACUGCUCUCAAAACUCUCAUCCAUAACUCAUACAACGCUCGUCAACGCUAUCGUGGUCUUAGGUCGUUCCUGAUUCGUAGACUCAACAACCACGAGAUUUCUAGAGUAGCUGGUUCGAUUGAGUCCGAAAUUCAAGCGUGGAUUGAUCGAGAGUUUAUUGAAACCCUAACCCAAACACUGCGGAGAGCGGAUGAGACUAAAGAUGAGGUUUUAAUCGAUUUGAUGGAGCAAUUUGAAGAACGAAUAGCGAGAGGAUUUGAUCGGGAUUUACAGCAUUGCAUCCUCAGAUCGAAGGUUUUCAACGAACUUGAAAAGAUUCUCUGUGAUUCUACAUUCUCGAAGAACGUUCGAGAAGCAUCUGCUUUCGCGAUUGUCGAAAUGAUCACGUUCAACAAAGAUGUGUUCGUAGGGGAAGUUCUGAUGGGGAAAACAGUUUCUGCGUUGGUUUCGUUAUCAUCUGCUCGAUCAAUCCAAAUCCUCUCUAUACUAAUUAAAUCAAUCAGAAGCCCCAUCGUAGAUGAACUCGUGUCAGACGGAGAAAUCCCCAAAAUCAUAGCCUUCUUAGCCUCGGAAGACUUCUCAAUCCGAACAAUGGCGAUGGACUGCGUGUUAGAGAUUGGCUACUACGGUCGAAAGGAAGCCAUUGACGCCAUGUUGGAAGAGGGUUUGGUGAAGAAACUUGUGGAGUUGCAGAAAUCUGAAAUUGGAGGUGUGUUAAUGGAUGUUAGAGGUGAGAGUAUGAACACUGUGAUGCGACCAUUUGAGAGCUGUGUAGCUAGAUUUGCAGUGCAAUUGGAGGUAGGAGAAGGGUUGAGACAACGAGAGAAAAGGGCAUUAAAGCAACAAGUGUUGAAGAGAGUUAGAGCAGCCCAUGUUUCUGAUGCAGAAGCUGCCACCAUUGUUGCAGAGGUUCUGUGGGGUUCUUCACCUUGA